AUGAAGAAGACUUUUCCGUCAAACAACAACCCCAAUUUCCACCGUCUACCACCGUGUCCGGUUUACCGUUACCGGAAACCUGGAUUCCACUCCAACCACCGUGUUGACCGUCCUCCAGAGCGAAAUUCCCCUCAUCGUGAGCCUAAUUUCAUUCUUAAGCUUCUUCAUCAUGGCCGUGGCUCUCUCCAGAGGGAUGAUGUUGAGUGUUUGAUAGGGAAAUGUAAGCCGAAUCCGGAUAAUUUUUGUUUUUACCCAUGUGAUGGUGUUGCUGCGUCGCUGAAUUUUAUUCAGUGGACGGAUGCGCGUGAAGCUGUUGUUUGGUUCUGGGAAUCGAGGCUUGUUGGAGGGCAUGAUUUUACGCCGGAGUUGAUAUGGAAUGUUAUGGUGCCUUCUGAUAGGGUUGAGCUUGAAGGUCGUUUAAGAAGCCUUUUUGUGAGCCAUGUGAAGGAGUUGAUGGAGGGGAAGGAAGUGAAGAAGUGGGUGGAGGAGUGGGAUGGUUUAUCGAAGGAGAUUGCUCGUGUUAAGGGGCUGUUGGGGAAGCCUUUUCCUGCUAGAGUGCAGCAGCAGCAUGUUGAAAGAAAGAAAGGGCUUGAGGAGGAGAAGAGUUUGGUUGAGAAGAGGUUGAAGGAGUUUGAGUUUGCGAUGGAGUGUGUUUUACAGCACCUGGGAGAGAGUAACGACAUGGAGAGUGGUGAAGAUUUUGUUUCUGUGUUUAGGUUUGAUGGGGGUUUUGAUUGGAAGAAGAUUCACAGCCUCAUUGUUCGGGAACGGAGAAGACUUGAAGAAGGAUUGCCCAUUUAUGCUUACCGGAGGGAAAUUCUUCAGCAAAUACAUCAUCAACAGAUAACUGUGUUGAUUGGAGAGACUGGUUCUGGAAAGAGUACUCAAGUAGUGCAGUUUCUAGCUGAUUCUGGCAUUGGGGCGGAUGGGUCAAUUGUUUGCACCCAACCUCGCAAGAUUGCAGCCAAGUCAUUGGCUCAAAGGAAGUACAUGCGUGACAGAAAUUUAUUUGGGGUAUCGUGCAUUAUAGUUGAUGAGGCUCAUGAAAGGAGCUUAAAUACGGAUCUACUGCUGGCAUUGAUAAAGAAUUUACUUUGUGAGAGGGUUGACUUGCGGCUCAUCAUUAUGUCUGCCACAGCUGAUGCAAAACAGCUAUCCGACUAUUUCUAUGGCUGUGGAGUUUUUCAUGUACACGGGAGAAACUUCCCGGUCGAGAUGAGAUAUGUUCCUUCCGAUUAUGGAGACCAAUCUGGCGCCGCUGCCGUGGAAUCCUAUGUUGUUGAUGUCGUCAGAAUGGCAACAGAGAUUCACAAAACAGAAAAGGAAGGAACUAUUCUUGCCUUUCUGACCUCACAGGUAGAAGUAGAAUGGGCCUGUGAAAAAUUUAAAGUCCUAUCUGCUGUUGCUCUGCCCUUGCAUGGAAAACUUACAUCCGAAGAGCAAUUUCAUGUUUUCCAGAACUAUCCUGGAAAAAGGAAAGUGAUAUUUUCAACCAAUCUUGCAGAGACAUCACUUACAAUUCCUGGUGUUAAGUAUGUGAUAGAUUCCGGGUUGGCUAAAGAUUGCCGAUUUGAUCCUAGCACUGGGAUGAAUGUACUUAAGGUUUGCUGGAUCAGCCAGAGCUCAGCUAAUCAAAGGGCUGGUCGUGCUGGGAGGACUGAGCCUGGCAGGUGCUAUAGGAUGUACUCAGAAGCUGAUUAUCAUUCUAUGGAACUAAAUCAAGAACCUGAGAUUCGGAGAGUUCAUCUUGGUGUAGCAGUUUUGAAGAUCCUUGCUUUAGGGGUGAAGAAUGUGCAGGAUUUUGAUUUUGUGGAUGCUCCAAGCCCCAGUUCAAUUGAGAUGGCGAUCAAGAAUCUAAUUCAAUUAGGAUUCAUUAAACUGAACAAUAAUGUUCAUGAUCUAACUUAUGAAGGUAGGUACUUGGCAAGAAUGGGGAUUGAACCAAGGCAUGGUAAACUUAUCCUAGGCUGUUUCCAACUUGCUCUGGGCAGAGAAGGUGUUGUCCUUGCUGCCAUGAUGCCCAAUGCUAGUAACAUAUUUUGCAGAUUUGGUAAUGAAGGUGAUAAGCAAAGAUCUGAUUGUCUCAAAGUGCAGUUUUGCCAUUCUGACGGUGACCUUUUUACACUUCUCUCUGUGUACAAAGAAUGGGAGGCUCUGCCUCGAGAGAGGAGGAAUAAAUGGUGUUGGGAAAACAGCAUCAAUGCUAAAUGUAUGAGGAGAUGUGAAGACACAGUUUUUGAGUUAGAAUCUUUUCUAGAGCGUGAACAUGGCUUUGUUGUUCCAAGUUACUGGCGUUGGGAUCCUCAUACACCUUCUGUUCAUGAUAAGAAUUUGAAAAAGGUUAUAUUGGCCUCACUUUCUGAAAAUGUAGCCAUGUUUUCUGGACGCAAUCAUCUUGGUUAUGAAGUAGCGCAAACUGGACAACAUGUUCAUCUGCAUCCAUCUUCUUCCUUGCUCGUGUUUGCUCAGAAGCCUAAUUGGGUGGUUUUCGGUGACCUUCUCUCAGCGUCUAAUGAAUAUCUGGUCUGUGUUAGUGCUGUUGACUUUCAAUCAUUACACAACCUUCAACCCCCUCCCUCGUUUGAUGUAUCCAAAAUGGAAGAACGGAAGUUGCAAACCAAGACAUUGACUGGUUUUGGCACUAUUCUUCUCAAAAGGUUUUGUGGGAAAUCCAACAGUAAUUUGCUUGGUCAUGUUUCACGUAUUAGGAAAGCUUGUUUGGAUGAAAGAAUCUUCGUUGAAGUCAUUGUUGACGAGAAUCUCAUCCAGUUAUAUGCCGCUUCACACGAUAUGAGUACUGCUACGAUGUUGGUGAGUGAUGUUUUAGAAUAUGAGAAAAAGAGGUUACACACAGAAUGUAUGGAAAAAUGUUUGUAUCACGGGUCUGGUUCCUCAUCACCUAUGGCUUUGUUUGGGUCUGGUGCUGAGAUAAAGCAUUUGGAACUCGAGAAGCAUUCCUUGAGUGUUGAUGUGUAUCACCCAAACAUAAAUGCAAUUGAAGACAAGGAGCUCCUGAUGUUUUUUGAGAAGAACACCUCAGGUUCUAUAUGUGCUGUGUACAAGUUCCCAGGAAUGGGGAAGGAUCUUGCAGAUAGAGAAAAGUGGGGCAAGAUAACAUUUUUGUCCCCUGAUGCUGCCAAAAGAGCCGUUGAGCUGGAUGGAGAAGAGUUUUGUGGCUCGUACUUGAAAGUACUUGCUUCACAAUCAUCUAUGGGAGGGGAUAAAACAUUUUUAUUUCCUGAAGUUAAAGCAAGAAUUUUCUGGCCCCGCAGACCUAGCAAAGGAUUCGGCAUAGUUAAAUGUGAUAAAAAUGAUGUCAAUUUCAUGUUGAGAGAUUUUUAUAACCUUGCAAUUGGUGGGAGGUAUGUUCGUUGUGCACUUAGUAAUAAGUCUAUGGACGGUAUUAUGAUAAGUGGGUUUGACAGAGAGCUUCAAGAAACUGAAAUUUUGGAUGUACUAAGAAAUGCUACAAGUAGAAGGAUUCUGGACUUUUUUGUGGUAUUUCCACCUGAGCCAAAGGAUUCUUACAUGAGAGCUUUAAUUAAUUUUGAUGGAAGAUUACAUUUAGAAGCAGCUAAAGCUUUGGAAGAAAUUGAAGGAAAGGUGUUGCCUGGAUGUUCCUCAUGGCAAAAGAUACAGUGCCAACAGUUGUUUCAUAGCUCCUUGAUAUUUCCUGCACCAGUGUAUCACGUGAUUGCGGAACAAGUGGAAAACAUACUUGCAAAAUUCAAUAAUUUAAAUGGUCUUGAGUGGAACCUAAACAGAACUGCUAAUGGUUCCCACCGAUUGAAGAUAACAUCCAAUGCCACCAAGAAAGUGGCAGAAGUUAGGAGACCUCUGGAAGAACUGUCAAGAGGGAACAUCAUUGACCAUCGAAGCCUUACUCCUGCUGCUCUACAGCUCAUGUCGUCUAGAGAGGGCUUUAGUCUUAAAUGCUCCAUACAGGAAGAGACUAAAACAUACAUAGUUUUUGACAAGCAAAACCUGAAUUUGAGAAUUGUUGGUUCGCCAGAAAAGAUUGCUUUGGCUCAGCAGAAGUUAAUUCAAUCUCUACUCUCCCUCCAUGAAGAAAAGCAGUUAGUAAUCCCUCUGAGAGGGAGGGACCUACCUCCUGACUUGAUGAAACGAGUGGUUAAGAAUUUUGGGCCGGAUCUUCAUGGACUAAAAGAGAAGGUGCCUGGGGCUGAUCUCAAACUUAACACACGCCAACAGGCAAUUAUUCUUAUUGGUAACAAGGAGUUGAAACCAAGAGUAGAGGAAAUAACUUUGGAGAUUGCACGUUCAAGCAUUCAUUUAGUUGAGAGACAUGACACAGGACCUAGUUGUGCAAUUUGCUUGUGUGAGGUUGAAGAUGGAUAUCAACUUGAAGGCUGUCGUCAUUUGUUCUGCCGGUUAUGUCUGGUUGAGCAGUGUGAAUCUGCUAUAAGAAACCAAGGCAGUUUCCCAAUAUGUUGUGCUCACACGGGCUGUGGAGAGCCUAUUCUGCUUACAGAUUUCAGAACUCUCCUGUCAAAUGACAAGUUGGAUGAACUUUUCAGGGCUUCUUUGCGAGCUUUUGUAGCUUCGAGUUCCGGAACUUAUAGGUUUUGCCCGUCUCCCGACUGCCCCUCAAUUUAUCGAGUUGCUGAUCCCGAUACAGGUAGUGAGCCAUUUACUUGUGGGGCAUGUUAUGAAGACACCUGUACCAAGUGCCACUUAGAAUAUCAUCCAUUUGUUUCAUGCGAGAGAUACCGAGAGCUUAAAAAUGACCCAGAGAUCUCAUCUCUGAGGGAGUGGUGUAAAGGGAAAGAACAAGUCAAGAGCUGCUCUGCUUGUGGGCAAAUAAUUGAAAAGGUAGAUGGGUGCAAUCACAUUGAGUGCAAGUGCGGAAAACAUGUCUGUUGGGUUUGCUUGGAAAUCUUUUUAGAAAGUGAUGAAUGUUAUGAUCAUAUGAGAACUAUACACUUAACCAUAUAA